UUACGUGCGAAAUUGCUAGAAUUUCGGCCGCUGGAUGGAAGAAACCACACAUUACCGUCGGCACUACGUCGCUCUCGAUCAAAGGCAUGCGCAAAACGUGUACGUUUUGCCGAUGCCCUCGGUCUAGACUUGGAAAAACGUCAAUAUUUCACGGAAAAGGAAACAAAUCUAAAUUCUUUCAGUUUCCCCACACCACCAUCUUCUCCAACUCCUGGACAUUGCUUGGUACUGUCCAACUUCGUGUACUACACUGAAUCCGAAUACAAUCAGCGAGCUCGUGACCAAAUGGUGUGUUUGGCGAAGCUACGCGUUCAUGAACGUACCAUAAACGGGCAAAUCAAUGUCGCCAAUAUCGCUUUCUCCAAAGAGGUUGCAAUUCGCUAUACGACCACCAACUGGGAAACCCACGAUGAGGUCGCUGCAACUUAUGGCCAUACCGUCUUCGGUAUUGAUAACGUUGAUGCAUUCGUAUUCUCGAUGAUACUACCUGCAGAUGUAAAGGAGGGACAGUGUCAAUUCUGCGUGCGUUUUUCCGUGAAUGGGCAAGAUUUCUGGGACAACAACUCGGGUAAAAACUACUGUGUGGAUAUCGUUCCGGACAAUUCACUACCACUACUACGUGAGCGCAAGCCUGCUCCCACAAUGAAUCCAUCAGCGUCGACACCGACCUUUUUCACUCCUCGCCGUUUGCGCCGUUGGGGAAGGGCUCAAGAGGAAUCGGACGACGAGAGUUCGCGUGUAUAUGUCCCACGCCGUAGGAUGGCACCACAUUAG